UCCGCUAGGUGACAGAGAAGGCAGUGAUUAGAGAACAACUUUUACACCGAAGUUAUUUCUAAUUUUUCAUUUCGAAAUCCCUUUAUUAGUUAACUUAGGAUAUAUUUUGUUCGUCAUAAUCUCUGUUUCCUAGGUUGAAAUCAAAUAUGAGUUUGUUAGGUAAGAUAUUCGGGACAGGGAAGGACAAAAACAAGGCACCUUCUCCUCAAGAAGCCAUCCAGCGACUCCGAGAUGUCGAGGAAAUGCUGAUGAAAAAGUCUGCCUUCUGUGAAAAGAAAAUCGAAGCUGAAAUCGCCAUUGCAAAGAAAAAUGGAGUAAAAAAUAAAAGAGCGGCUCUGCAGGCUUUGAAAAGAAAGAAGAGGUAUGAGAAGCAGUUGCAGCAGAUAGAUGGCACAUUAUCAACCAUAGAGUUCCAGAGGGAGGCUUUAGAGAAUGCCAGCACAAAUGCAGAAGUUCUGAAUGUGAUGGGCACAGCUGCCAGGGCAUUGAGAGGUGCACACAAUAACAUGGAUGUGGACAAAGUUCAUGACUUGAUGGAUGAUGUACAGGAGCAGCAGGAAAUAGCUCAGGAAAUAUCAGAAGCCAUAUCAAACCCUGUUGGCUUCCAAGAUGUUGAUGAUGAUGAGUUGCUGGCAGAGUUAGAAGAGUUAGAGCAAGAAGAGUUAGACAAAGUGUUGUUGGAAGUGAACCCUGUAGGAGACCAGUUGCCAAGUGUACCAGACACCGAACCAGUUGCAGCAAGAUCUGCACCCCCUAAGCAACAGGAGGAUGAUGAGAUGGCACAGUUAGCAGCGUGGGCAAACUAAUCAGGGGAGAGAACUGCCAGUGUUUCGACUGAACUACUGCAUGUUGGGCAGUGACAGUACUGUCUGCAUUCUCCUGGUCAAUUUGGUCAUGUGGGCCUGUACGAUGUAUUUAUCCCAUAACUGAAAAGGACUGGCCUGGCAGUGACUGUUUUUAUACAUGUGUAUAUAUGGACUCAAUCAUGAUGUAAAUACCGGAAAUCUGCCAAAGCAGAACUUUGUCAUUACUCGCACUGGCUCAGUGAAACUAUUAAAACGCCAUUGGAUUCUUAUGUUAUAUUGCUACAUAUGUGUAGGUAACAUGGGUUAAUCUUUUGUUUUUGUCUCGCUUAUUUUAUUUCUCUUUCUUACUCUCAGUAUGAUAAACCAGCAGAUUGCUUUUAAAAGUUCUGCUUAAAAGAUGUAAAAUUCCG